AUGGUCAAGGCACUGUCGUUCAAAGGCGACAAGAAGCCGCACAAGAAGCGAAAGCGCACCAACGAAGAUGCCAAUGAAGAAGACGCGCCGUCCUCAAAGCAGCUUAUACCCGCCGAUGGCCCUCCGGAGGAUGACGAGAAUUGGGUGUCAGCAGAGAGCGUGGAAGACAUCGCUGGACCAGUCGUGAUAGUUCUCGCGACAGAGCCAGUGUCCUGCGCCGCGGUGGAUCAGCUUGGAAAGGUGUUCACUUCGACAGUAGAGAACAUGGUGGAGAAUGAACCGAGUACCGCAGAGCCGCACGAUGUGAGGCAGGUUUGGAUAUCACAGAGAAUAGUGGGCUCGGAGAACAGCUUUACUUUCAAGGGUCAUCAUGGAAAAUAUCUGGGUUGCGACAAGUAUGGUAUCCUCUCAUCGACCAGGGAAGCCGUCUCGCCCGAAGAGACUUUCAGAUGUACGGUAUCCGACUCCAAGCCCGGCCACUUCGAUAUUCAGACGAUGCGAUCCACAUUCCUCGCGGCGGACGGCGACAAGAGCCCGCCUGAGCUCCGGGGAGACGCAGAAGAAGCAGGAGAGACGACCGCUGUCCGCAUUCGAAUGCAGGCGAGGUUCAAGCCCAAGCAUAAAGUGGACAAAGCAGAAAAGGUCCGCGCCAAGAUUUCGCGCAAGGAAUUGGAAGCGGAAGUCGGCAGGCGACUGGACGAUGAUGAGGUGAAGAAGCUGAAAAAAUCAAGGCGAGAGGGAGACUUCCAUGAAGUGAUGUUGCAGGUGAAGGUGAAGGGCAAGCAUGACAAGUAUGCUUGAAUGAUGCUUGGGUGCGAAUGAUUUCAGGAUUCCUCGUCUUGCUGAUUGCCCUUUUCCGAUAAGGCCUGGUCUUCUGGAGCUUUGCUGCAUACACUGUCAGCAUGGUACCCACAAACUUGCUGUCAUGCCUUUCUCACCAUCUUGGAUGAACCACUGGAAUAUGCCACCAACUGCUUCUAUCAUCAUCCGGCCAUAUGAUUGACUCGUUUUUUCAAUCAGCCAUGCUGGGCUAUCACAGUGCCUCGCCAAUGACAGCCAAGCUACUGGAUCGUGGAAAUCUUUGAUGCCAUGAAUCGGAUCUGCCUUCGACUUGGACAAUUGGUCGAGACGUCUGGACGUAUUCGAGUGGUCUUCGUUGUGAUGGCAGAGUCGCGCGGGCGUCGCCAGGUCGAAAGAGCGGCACCUCCGCUCGAGUGCUCUCCCAUUUCCGUCCGUGGGGUGUUGGCGUGACUUCGACCUCAUCGCCACGGUCCCACUUUGCUGACUGCGAGCGCGUUUUGGCCUUCGCCGGCUUCUGCUCAGGUGUAAUCGGCUCACGCGUGGGCGCGGGCUGCUCGUUUCUGGUGUGAUGUUGCUCCACACGUCGUGCCGGAGGCGGCAUCAUCUCGAACUCGACGGGCCGUUUCGAACGUCCGCCGCAGCACAGAGCGACUCGGAGGAAGGCUCGCGCGGCGGAGAGCAUCUUCAUCUGUUGG